GUCCAGAAGUACUGACGGAGGUUCUUGAGGAGAUGCUCAAACGUCAUGUCGCUGCUUUGGAUCCUCACCUGGCUGCCUCUGGUUCUACCAGCUGUCGAUGAGCUCCCAAAGCCAAUCAAUGUCACCAUCCYCUCCACCGGGUCGGGUUACAUCCUGAYCUGGGACCCUGCACCAGGAACCCCCCCAGGAACCUCCUACAGUGUCAGCGUUCAGACGGACAGGAGCGACCAGUUCCCAAGUGGCUGCCAGCAGGUCCAGYACCCCCGGACCUGCAACCUCACUGAGGCGUUCAAAGACCCGUUUGUAAAAUACGACAUCAAAGUUACCGCUGAGCUGGAGGCUCAGAGAGCCCAGUCUGCACAGGUCCAAUACAAGCCAAUCGACCACCUGGACCUGCCUGAGCUGACCGUUGGGUCCUGCCAAACCAGUCUGUGUGUGGACUUCCAGCCUCCAAAACACCACCCUCCAUGGAUCUACAAGGACCUGGGUUACAAGUUGCAGAUCAGCAGGGAAGGAGGAGCUCCGAAAUUUAAAGCCUUCAGGUCUCUGGAAACCCAGGUGCUGACGGACCUGCAGGCCGGCAGACAGUACUGCGUCUCGGUCCAGUUCUCCGACAGCCUUGAGAACAAAAUCUCCAACUUCAGCCAACCUGUUUGUGUUUCCACUCCUGCCAGGCUCUCUGCAGAUGCACUCAUCUCAAUCACUUUAAUCUCACUGGUGCUGAUGGUGCUGGUGGGACUGGGACUGCUGGUCGGGACCGGUUUCCUCUGUCUGAAGAAGAUCCCACUGCCACCGAUCCUGAUGAACAUGGAUCACCAGGAGGAGAAUCUGGUCCAGGCCUCCCUGUCCUCCCUGGUGAGCGUCAGGCUGGUGGCGCCCCCUGCAGGCACCAAGAGGAGCAGCCAGUCUUCAUCAGAGGACAGUGAUGAAGACUGUGAGACCUCCUGCAGGAGCUCAUCAAGAGGAGGAGGUUACACUGAACGGAUCGGCACCAACCUCCACUCCUCAUCCUCCUCUUCAUCAUCAUCUUUGUCCUCCGAACAGAAAGCAGAGACCACUUCCUGCUCCAGAACUCCAGACGGGUCCAGUCUGCAGCCUCAGACUUUAACAGAGACCUGGCCCAGAACUGAACAGGACUCUCUGAGUUCUGAAGGUCUGACCCGACGGAGAAGUGAGGAGGAGCAGCAGGAGGUGGGAGGGUCUGUGGGCCUGGGGGUGAACCUCCACACUUUAACCUUCGGCAGGCUGGAGGAGGAAGAAGAGGACUGUGUCUGUCCUUCAGAGGAGAGCAGUGUUCCUCCGGUGGAUCCACUGGUGGAUCCACUGGAUCCACUGGAUCCACUGGUGGUUCCUCUGGUUCCUCCGGUGGAUCCACUGGAUCCACUGGUGGUUCCUCUGGUUCCUCCGGUGGAUCCACUGGAUCCACUGGUGGUUCCUCUGGUUCCUCCGGUGGAUCCACUGGAUCCACUGGUGGUUCCUCUGGUUCCUCUG